AUAGUAAAAGUGUAGUGGUGGGAGCCUGGAGGUAGGAACUUUUCCUUUUUAUAAAGGAGCUUAUAUCGGAGGUUUGCGUCGAUUUAUUUAUUUACAAACAUGAAGUACCUUGUGGUGGUGUGUGCUCUGGUCGCGGCCUCCCAGUGCAAAGUUUUGCCCGAACGCGUCUCGAAUUUAUUAUGCAGCCGAAAUGACCCCGAUUACAACGCUUGCACUCGCAAGGCCUUCGAGAAAUCCAUCCCUGUCCUGGCCAAGGGAAUCCCCGAAAUCAACCUGCCCCCCUUCGACCCCCUCGAACUGCCCUUCAUGUCCGUAGACAGGACCAUCAACGAACUCGUCAGCAUCAAAGCCGUGAUGAAAAACAUCAAAGUCCUCGGAGCCACCAACAUCGUAAUCGAGGACACCAAAGCCAACCCUCACAACUACACCGCCGAAAUGAGGAUCACCCUGCCCUGGACCCACCUCGACAUGGACUACGACGUCGUGGGGCAGCUCCUUAUCAUCCCUCUGAGGAGCAAGGGAUUUUUCAGCGGCAACUUCACAAACACGCAGAUAUAUGCCAAAGGAAACCUGAAGCUCGUUGACAAAAACGGAGUCAAGUAUUUCCAAGUCGAUAAGUACAACAUGAAAAUUAGGGUAGGGGACGGCGAAAUCAAACUUAUUGCGGACAAUCCCGAUCUUCAGUUUGGAGCCGACCUCAUUGCCAACUUCUACAAUGAAAACCCGCGUCGUGUGAUGGACGCCGUGAACCCAAUUUUCGUCGAGACUGCGACAGAUUUGUACAGGGUCAUUUUGAACCAAGUGCUUGCUACUAUUCCCGCCAAAGAAUUGUUACCUGAAUAAGAAUUUUUUUAUUUCGUCUUUGGUAGUUUUAGUGUUUUUAUUCUGUGGAAGGUUUAAAUGUUUAAGUUUGAUACAGACAUUGGACUUUGAGAGUUGAUAGAUAAAACCGUUCAUAAUGGACGACUCAGAAUUCAAAAAUUGCUAAGUACUUUAUUUACUGUGUUUUCAAAUUUAAUAAAUUUGAACCAUUACUCUUACGUGGUACCUAAUACUUUUUAGGAUUUUUAUAUGUACUUAAUAAAUGGCUAAAACAGUAA